AUGGCUGAGCUCCGUAAUUGGUGUAGGGGAGAGGCCAUUAACCCUGAGUACGCUCUGUUAGUGAAGGAUAUUCCUGAAGAUGCAGAGAUUACUCUCGUUGAAGAGACUUUGCAAUCCAUCAAGGCUCUGGGACGAGUUAGAGUGCGGGGACGAACGUAUGAUCCCCAGACUCAACAUCUGAUGGCUCUAUGCGAAUGCCGUGAGAGAGUAAAUGUGAAGGCAAUCCCUUUGGACGUGUUGCCACAGGACAGUGACAAGCCAUGGAGAAUCCUAGGAGUCUCAGAUGAGGUUGCAGGAAGUCAACAAUCUUCUGAGUCUGACCGACCGGAAGAGAACAUGAAGGUGCCCCUCCAAGCCUGCUCUCCUGAAGCAAUCAUUCGUGCUGUUGGGGACUUGAUGGAGAGGCAAGGCAGGCGAUCUGUGGAUAGCAAUGUGUAUAGGAGGCUACGUACUUUCUCAGGAGUUGUCCCGACCCCACUGGGUGAGGAACAGCUUGGAAACUGGAUAGAGCAAGCAUGUCUCAUGGUGGAUAACUGUGAGAGGCCAGACAGAGAAAAGAGGUUAAAGAUUAUAGAGAGUUUGAAGGGUCCAGCAGCGGAGAUUGCUCGGGCACAUCCAGGGGAGAGGGUCUCCGAGUUUCUUCGAAGAAUUGAGAAAACUUUGAGCAGAGUCACACAGAAAGGAGGUCUUGCAGCAAAGGAUGCAAAUGCCGCUCGCCUAGAUCAGCUCAUCAAGGGAGCUGUAGGAGCCGACAUAAUGCUUUUGAAUCUGAGAUUGAGAGAGGGACGAGACAACCCACCUGAUUUCUUACAACUGUUGAGUGAGAUUCGCACUGAAGAGGGAUAUGAAGCAUCUCGACAGAAACUGAAGUCCACCGUGAAGCCUGUCCAGGCCAAAACUGUAGUGGCACAUGCAGACAGUGGAAUGCAAGAGCUCCAAGCUGAAGUGAAAGCUUUGAAGCUUCAGUUAGCUGAAUGUUCUGCUGUGCUCCCUGCUCAUCCUGUGGUGGUCCAGAAGUCCAGCAUGGUAACAACUGACUCCACUGAACAUUCAGAGGAUGAUAGAGAUAUGAAAGCCUUGAAAAAAGAGAUGAGAACUCCGAAAGCAAGUCAAGAGUAUGUCAGUUAA